GCCCAGAAGAAGGUAUACCUGGUCUACACAGAAGACAGUGGCUGCAGGGCAUUUGUGCCGCAUGGCAGUUACAACAGCCGACCUCUGUGUCCUGGCGGCAGUGCAGGAGCAUCCGGUGACAUGCUGAUGACGGCCGAGCCGCCCACAGGCAAGAUGGGUACAGUGGGGUUGGUGUCAGACACGUUUCAGUUUUAUGUGGAGGCCAGUGGGGGCCGGCAGUCGUUGUCACCACCUUCCUCGCCAAAGAGGCUGCUCCGGAAGGUUCGACUAUCAGACGAAGCAAUGCCCAGGGUGUUUGUCCGCGAAGGGAGAAAGCUGGGCAAUGGAAUCUCCGGGGAGGCUCGAAUGUCCAAUUGUGUCAUGGUGUGCCAAGCACCCGCGGGGUUUGGAGAAUUCGGAAGAUAUGAUGUCAUAAGAUAUGUGAGACGACGAAGUGCUCUGCAAAGCGCACAGGUUGGGACGCACAAGUGGACCAGCGCCGACAGGCGGGGACGACCUGACUCCAUUUGGUAUGAGCAGAAUGAAG